CAUAAAGAAAGCAUUGAUAGCGAUAUGUUAAAAAUAAAUUCUUGAAUCAAUUCUUUUGUACAAAAUGGGUUUGGAAUUUGGUAAUUUACCGAUACGAAUUCGUAGAAUCGUGUACUUCGGUUUAUCGCCAUUGGAGCAACGAGCCUGGGCAAAAUCGAUAACGCACGGAGUACCCAAUUCGCUGAAUAGAGCAAUGCGUGCGCUUCCACCAAUGCUUCCAGGUUUUUUAAUGUCAGUUGGGGUAGUUACGUGGGCGACUGCAGCACAUGAUCGAUAUAGUCGCAAAGAUCCCAAAUUAUACGAGAAUGACAAGUGA